AUGCUCACUACCUCCGUGAUCACGCUCGCAUUCGCUGCUACAGGCCUCGCCCAGGUUUCUGUACCCGCAGGCUACAACAAAGUCUACCUCCAGACCAUGGUCGACACCAAGUUCGUUGUACAGGCAAAGGCAAUGACAACCGGUAGCACUAUUGUUGUCAACACUGUUAACAACAAGGCCGACCAGCACUGGCUACUCACUUCCAACUCCUCCAAGAUCUACCUCGCGAACAGCGACCCACCAACGUUGUGCCUCGAUGCCGGCCCGAAGACCGCUUGGAAAGACAUGGCCACUGUCUACGUAAACACAUGUGCCGACACCGCGCCUGGCCAGAACUGGACCGUCAUGGCUGACGGCCGCAUCGCUGUUACCGGGUCGAGCCCUGCUGAAUGUCUCGAUUUGCAGUACAUGCGCGCGACCGCGAAUAAUCCCGUGGGAUUGUAUGCGUGUGCUGGGCUGAACAACUCCGGUGCGAAGGACAAGGGGAUUAACUGGCCGCAGAAGAACGUUACUACGAUGCCUUGA